GCCAGUCAUUUCUUAGUUGCACAGAGAAACAGGGCGUGAAACGGACCGUGUAGCAAUACAAUGUAUAUGCAUAUAUAGAAUUUAUUUACUUUUGUGCUGCUGUGUAUUCAGUAAGGAAUGUGUUACAGGAACAAUGUGUUUGUGUUAAUGCGCGUGUCUAAACAAAUGAUGGACUUAUUCUUCAGUGUUUGUGUUUAAAGUGCUAUUCUUCGAUUUAUAUCUCCAGAAGUUGUUUCUACUUCCUAGAAACAAAGGAAGAAAUGAUAUAACUGAAACGAUAUGAGAUUUACCAUAACUCGAAUUUAAAAGAUAUGAGGCUUUAACUGUAAAAUUAUUGUUAUUGUUCUGGUUACCGGUAUUUUCAAUUGAUGCAAUUUUGUUUAGCAGUUCUGGUUCUAUAAAGGGAGACAAUUUGACCUACAGCUUCUGAAAAACUUCUCUAAAUUUGCAAAAUGUUAGCAGCGUGACAUAAUGCACUUUGCUCAUGUACCGAUCUCUCUUAAAAAGACUUUCGUAUCAUAUCUUUUGUAGUGUAUAGUUUGUUUUUAUAGAUGCAUUGAACUGCAAGUGAAAGUAUAAUUACUGUAUAGCAGUCAAUUACUUGUUGUAAAUAAAUAAAAGCCUUCAUUCUAAAGUGCAAUCAAGUAGAAUAAUAUUCACGGAGUUGUUGAAACUGUCACCAUGGAAACUGGAAGAGUUAGCCCGAUGAAGCCCAAGAGAAACACUUCAAAGAAGAAUCUCGUUGAAAAUGUAAGCGAGCCUUCGAUUGGCCAGAAUGGAAUAACCACAUCUCCUGUAUCUCCGUCUGGAAAUAUUCUAGACUCAGUGAUACCUGCCACCCCCGGACUUAAAAGACGACUGACAAGAAGAAUGAUUUACACUCCUGCUAAAUAUAAGGAUGAGGAUGAGUACAUUGGCUUUGCUACACUCCCUGAACAAGUUCAUAGAAAAGCUGUAAGGAAAGGGUUUGACUUUACACUGAUGGUAGUUGGUGAAUCAGGUCUUGGCAAAUCCACACUCAUUAACAGUUUAUUUCUGUCUGAUCUAUACAAAGGCAGAGAGCUGCCAUCUGUCAAUGAUCUUGUGGAGAGGACAGUAAACAUAGAGAAGAAACAAUUGGAGAUAGAAGAGAAAGGUGUGCGUCUGAAACUGACUAUUGUAGACACACCUGGGUUUAAUGAUGCUGUGAAUGCUGGGAACAGUCAAAAAUCUUUGAUAGAGUACGUGGACAAACAGUUUGAACAGUACUACGAGGAUGAAUGUGGCCUGAACCGUAGGAAUAUUGUCGACAACCGGGUCCAUUGCUGUCUCUACUUUAUAUCACCAUAUGGACAUGGCUUGCGUCAAAUUGACAUUGAAACAAUGAAAAAACUUCAUCACAAAGUCAACAUUGUUCCCUUGUUAGCCAAAGCGGAUAUUCUAACCAAGGAGGAAUUGAGAAGAAUGAAAAAUAGAAUACUUGAAGAAAUUGAAGAGAAUCAUAUCCAGAUUUAUGAGUUCCCAGACUGUGACAGCGAUGAAGAUGAAGAUUUCAAACAACAAGACAGAGAGUUAAAAGCUUCCAUUCCAUUUGCUGUGGUGGGCUGUAACACUGUUGUGGAAGCUGGUGGUAAAAAGAUUAGAGGACGAGCGUAUCCCUGGGGGAUUGUGGAAGUUGAUAAUCCCAACCAUUGUGACUUCAUCAGAUUGAGACAAAUGUUGAUAAGCACACACAUGCAGGAUUUAAAAGACGUCACUUCUGAUGUUCACUAUGAGAACUACAGGGCUCUUCACAUCCGGACACAGCUUGGAACUGCUCAGAAGGAGAGAGGAAAACUUAAAAGAGAUUCUGCAGCCAAUUUUGAGGCUCUGUCUGACACGGAGAAAUUAUUGGAGCAAAAAGAUGCUGAGAUUCAAAGAAUGCAGCAGAUGUUGGCCAAGAUGCAAGAACAGCUCAAGGCAAGCUCACCGCAGCAACAACAUGUGAAUGGACUUGGCAAAUUGUGAUCAUCAGUACAAGUAGCAGUACAAGGGAACAAAGAGAUUGGCCUGCUCUGAAACUCCAGUGGAAUUAAGAGAAUUUCUUAGCUAUUGAUACUCUAUGUAUUGUAUGGAGAUACUCUAUGUAUGGUAUGGAGAUACUCUAUGUAUUGUAUGGAGAUACUCUAUGUAUUGUAUGGAGAUGUAUUCUAUGGAGUUCUGAAGUAGAUUUCAGAGUAGGCAAAUAAAUCUAUUCACACAUUUAAUAGAAGUUUGAUUCAGCUAAAUUGGACUUCUAACUUCAGACCAUAACUAGAGAUUGAUAAAGCUGCUAUUAAGUUAGCUUAAGAAAUAGAGCUUACAGGCCUAAUGUUAUUUGUAUAUAAUGUACACAGCAACAGAAAGUUAGCAUGACUUGUCACUCAAACCACUCAGGUGCACAAAGUUUUCAAUCAUUGCGGCAAUAGGAUAAGUCAUUGUGUGUGUGCUAUCAAAACAUUGACAAACUUUCAACUCUGUGUGUCAGGACAAGUUUUAAAACUAUAAAGGGAUUUUUUUUUAAACAUUUUUUUCUUUGGCUGUGAAAGUUUGGCUUUAAAAUAGAUGAUGUAAUGUCAAACUUUUGAGAGAUCCUGACAGCAAUAGAAAUGCUGAUAAGUGUUGGUUGCAUGUUGUAAAAACCUCCCAGCACUUUUUAUGUUGUUAUUGUUUUAUUUCAUUAUAUCUCUGACAACUUUUUUCCAAACUCUAGAAUCUGGUUUGAACUAGUUUCUGUUUGAUUACGUAAUGACUGAUAUUCAGUGAUGUCAUUCGUGUUUACAUUUUCUUAAUUUCAACGUUCUCAAAAUUAUUGUGAGAACAAAUCUAAUUUAUGCAAAUCUAUGCAGGUAAUACAUUUAUCUUAUCUCUAAAUUACACUAGUAUAUGUUAGAGUGAAAGUUUAUGAAAAACAUCAAAGUCAAAAGGUAGGCCUAUAAAGUUUUAAAGUCCUUGUUAAAAUCAGAAUAAAAUUGUCAUUUCUUUCAAACUUGAACAUUAAAGUCAAAACACUCUCAAUACUAUAUUGUAAUUCCCUUUUGUUUUCUUUAAACUUCUUGUUUGAAGUCAGGCUUUCACAACUGCUAGGUCAUAUUGCUUAAUUAUGUGCAAUGCAAGUCAUCAAAUACCAGAUUUAGUGCAAUUCAAGGCAAGAAAUAAUAACAUUGUGAGAAGAAAACAGAGUCCUUAUUCGGCACUAAUGAAAUGAUGGCUGCACCCAGGGUUUUCUCAUCAGUUCAUAGGGCCAUUUAUAAAGCUAUCCCCAUUAAGCAGCCUGGCACGUUCAUCUCAAACUAAUGCCUUCCUGGCAAUUCAUUUUGUUUAUUGUAAGUUGCUUCUCAAAUUAAUACCUUCCUGGCAAUUCAUUUUGUUAUUGUAAGUUGCGUCUCAAAUUAAUACCUUCCUGGCAAUUCAUUAAGUUAUCGUAAGUUGCGCCUCAAACUAAUGCCUUCCUGGCAAUUCAUUUUGUUAAUGUAAGUUGCGCCUCAAAUUAAUACCUUCCUGGCAAUUCAUUUUGUUAUUGUAAGUUGCUUCUUAGCUUUGCUUCUCCUUCUCUGUUGUAGAGAUGUGUUGAACAGUUUUGGAGUUGGGGGGGUUGUGUGCUACUGAUAUCAUAAACUUUCCUCCUGUCACCAUUGUGGUAGAAUGUUUAUACAUGUUUUAAUUUAAAUGCUAAAUGAAGUAAAAAGGUUUACCCACUAACAAGCCAUAUAUUGAACCUUAUUUGAGUUGUUCACUAUGCUAUACUAUAUUAACAAUAUAAAUACAUGCUAUUGUAUGCAAGUUUCCUAAUAAUAAAAGUCAUCUCAGCAUUUCAUUGCUGUAAAGUAAGUUGUGUGAUACCAUAGACAAGAGUUGUGCUUGCUUUCAAUCUGUACUCAUUUUGGCAUCAAUUCUAUAUUAAAAUAAAUAACUUUUUUUACAUCAUUCUCUUUGUGACAGAAGAUUGACCGGCGUUAUCGAUUGAAUAAUGCCUUUCAAUUAUUGUGCUUAUUGAACAGAAUAGUGUAGGCCUACACACCAUGAUGAGCAGUUGAACAUCAGUGUGUUUUUAUUUCUUCUUUUUAUAACUAAAUGUUGGUGCAUAUUUGGGUUGUGAAUUUUUUUAAACUGCGACUGCUGCUUGGCGUUCUAUGGAGCUUUAAGUGUUUGCUUCAGUCCUCAUUGUAUUCUUGUCAUUCUACGUUUGUGUUUGUACAUAUCUUUUUGUUUGACUAUUUAUCAAUGUUCAUCCGAUCUUCACAUUUGGCCAUUGUAAAUGUGUUGGUACUUCAUCAUCUCAUUGUGCAUAUAUAUCAUGUCUCAUGAAUGUUUUAGUAUGAAAAUAUCUACAAGAGCGUGUUCAUUACAGUUAGCAUUAAACUAUGGCAAGUAAAAUAUGUUUGUAUUUUCUUAGCUAGGAAGUUAAUCAUCAUCACUUGUUAACUAUCACAUGUUACAAUGUCAUGACCCUAUGUUAUUUGGAAAUUUACAGAAAAACUCACUUACCUAUCUGAUCAGUCUACAUUUUUUAAGUAAAAUAGGCUUGAAUUUAUUAUAAAACUAAAGGAUUCACUCUUUUUCUUUAAGUGUGCUUUUUUAGUACAGGGGAUUUUUUUUUCUCAUAACUUUAAGAAGCUCCAUAAUAAAUGAAGUAAUUAUUACAUCUUCAGCCAAAUUAAUCUCUUGCUGGAUGACAGUGGGCAGGACUUGAGCAUGGGACCAUGAUGUUGCUUAUAUUAGAAGGUUGAACUGAUCAUUGACUCAGUUGUUACUUCUAUUGUUGCUUAUGACUAGUUACAGUUUAAUUGUGUACUCACAAGACACUGCAGGAUCCAACUUUUUGUCUAUUGUUACAAACCACUAGCCUAGUGCACGUGGCUUAUGUUGUAGAAAAUUCUCUCUCUACUCAGGGUCAGGGUUGAAAGAAUAAGUGAUAAACUCUUUUUAAGAUGUCCAUGUAUUUCUAUGUAAAUCAAGGGAGCAAUACUGCACAGUAAAACAUUUAUUCUCAUUCAUUAAUUUUUUUUUUUUUAUAUAAAUUAUUGUACUGAUACUCAAAAUAUAUAUUACAUUAUUUGCAGCACCUUUGUACUUAACACAUUUAAAUAUCUUCCAUCUUGACCAGCACUGAGCUAGAUCUAUAUAAUACAUUCAGUUUGACCUUUA